CAUCUCCCCAUUCGCCUCCAAUCUGCCUUUCCCUUGUUCGACCCUUACGUUCAAUCCCUGCAACCGGGAAGGACUUAAUUUGCGGAUCAGGUGGUGACUGACCGACCCUAAUAACUCACUCCGUCAUUAAUACCUCGUCUCGUCGAGCAGGACGGCCGACUUCUCGACCCUCUUUUCAAUACCCAAAUCAUAUCCAACUCGAGACGCAUCAACAUCGAUCGGCCUAGCAAUCGCAUUUUCAAAGCCGCGUUAUCCCAAAGAAUCCUGAAUUUCAACUUGACUCUCAACUUGAAUAAUUUUCUGAGAUCCUACCGCAAUUCUGUGGGGUUCGCCCAACCUUGCCUGCAACCAUGAGGUUCCAUUUUACUCUCCUCGCGGUAGCCCUAGCGAGCUCGGCCUCGGCCAGCGCCAUCGCCAUCGCGGCGCCGAACCAAGACAAUGUCCAUAUCGAACGAGCACUCGAGAUCGUCCCUCGUGAUGAUGCCGGACAAGACCCUCAAGCCCAAGAGCUAUGGAAGCGCAGGGGCGGCGGCGGUGGAGGAGGCAGAGGUGGUGGUGGCGGCGGCUCUCGCGGCGGAGGUGGUUCUCGCGGCGGUUCAUCCCCAGCACCCAGAACCGGUGGCCCGCUAGGCGGCCGCACUAGGACAGGAAGCGGUCCCCAGCCCCGAUACGGCAGCCCCUCGAACCCACGAUACGGAGGCGGUGCCGCCGUACCCUAUCGAUCCGGCAACCGGAGUCCAGGCGCAGCCAUCCUUCCUUUCGCCAUCGGUGGUGCUGCCCUUGCCUUCUGGCCCGGCUACUGGUACUACGGCGGCUUUGGAGGUGGCCACCGUGGUGGCGACGAUGAAGAAGACGGCGAGGAGCGCAGCAUCAAUGUUUACCGCUGGGAGAACGACUACACAUUCUUCAACCAGUCGGCCAGCGAGAACCAGACCAAGCCCGUCAUGUGCGGCUGCGCCGAAGAUCUCCCUUGCGGUUGUGACGAGCCUUCCACCGAAGAGGAGCGCAACCUCUUCUUGGAUGACCUCGUCGGGAACGGCUCCUUCGCUCAUCUCAACACCUCCGUCAUCCAGGUCGCCGACUACGAGAAUGAGAGUACCAUCCUACUGAAUGGCACUUUGCCAGACGAUACCACCCUCAUGGACCCGAACGCGAGCAUUUCUUCUACGGUGCAGCGCCUCGGUUGGUGGCCAACGGUAGCCUUUGCUGCUGCUGCUGUUUUCAUGGUUUAAGUCGGCCUUUUGCCGGCUUAUUCCCCAUAUUUCUUUCUUAUCGUAUCUAUUUUCCUUUGCUCCUUUACGAAGCUUUAUGGAGAAGGCCCUAUCAUCUAGACCGUUUGCGGGAUGCAUAAUGUGUUGAACAGGGGCAGGUUAACAAGCUUGAUAUCCCCUUUCUCUUCAAUCCUUUCCCCCUCCUUUUUAUUCUUAUUUUUUCUUUGUCUGUUUGACCUUCGUCUUUGCGCGGAGAUGACCAUGCAUGGUUCUCAUGCCCAUGUACAAUUAGCCUCGCAAUGUCCGGAGUUAAGAGGUGUUUGGGAUUGACGGGCCGAUAGAUACCAUUAAGAAGACUUCCUCAAGAUUUUCUUUCAUGACCGACGC